GCGCCGCCGCUGAAGGAAAAACAGAAGUUGUGUUCUGUUGUUGUGAUGAUGUGAUAUGAUGAUGUGUCGCCAGUCUUGACAUUUAAACAUGUCGUGUGCAGCUUUGGAUUGUACUAAUCGUUCAUCACCAGGGUCCAGUAUAAGUUUUCAUCGUUUCCCAUUAGGUGACAAAGAUCGACUGCAGCAGUGGAUGGUGAACAUCGGACGUGACGAUUUCAAGCCAUCUCCAUCUUCUCGCAUAUGUUCCCACCACUUUGAAGGCAGCUGUUUCUUCAAGAGCACUAAAGGUCAAGUGUGCCUUAAGAAAACGGCUGUCCCCACCAAAUUUCUCUCGGUUGACCCCUUUAAGAUAGCAUGGUGCACCAAAUUAUAUAGAAGGCGAAGGAACGUGGAAAAUUAUGAAAAUCCUGAAUUUCAUACAUACAGUCUCAAAAUGGAUUCCGGGAGAAGGUAUGUGGAAGAGGAGGUCAUUUUAGAUGAAUAUGUGAAAGAGGAGGAGGAGGAGGAGGAGGUAGAUGCUUUGGAUCAGGACAUGGAGGAAGAUGCUUCCGAUCAGGAGCUGGUCGAAACCAGUGUGAUGCCAGUGAUUUACCCCACUGAAAUAUGCGUCAUUGCAGUUAGACAUGAUCACUGCUACCGUUCCAUAGGUGACCCCCAAACAACGACAGAUAUGCAAGAGAACGAAGCACAGAUGCUGAAGCGCAGUUUGAACUUGGUCCUGGGCAAGAUUGAGGCCUGCAGGAAAAAAAUAAAAUUGAAGAACACCGCGAUUAAAAGGCUAAAAAGAAAAGUGGCUUCACUGUCCUCAGAGUUGAAAGCGAAAAAAAUCUCAGAAAAAAAAAGAAAAAAAAGCACAUCCUGAAAGGAUCUAGGAUCUAAACUGAAGAGUCACGAGCUGUAAAACAAGAGCCUUUGAAUGAGGAGGUUGUGUUUUGUUCUGCCUGCGUUCUUCCAAUCAUUACCACUGGUUUGCAACAGACACAUUGGUCAGUAAUGCUGAGGGAAAUGACCUGAGAAGUUGGUUCGGUCAAGAAGAGAUCUCAGAAGAAUGCAUAGAGAAUAGCCCCGUAUUAGGUGGCAGCAUGGGACAUGCAAGAACCAGCGCAAAUGACACUCCUUUUCUCAGGGAUGUUGAAAUGUAAUGAUUACAUGAUUUGUUUUAUGUUCUACAUUUUGUAAUGUUCUUAAUAAAUAUUCAACAUGA